AUGACGACGUUGACUCCUCUUGAGAAAGCCGCGUCGGGGGCGUUGGCCCUGGCCAUCGCCAACACCGUGGUCUACCCGCUUGACCUUUCCAAAACCAUCAUCCAGACCCAGGUGAAGCAACCGCCCCCGAAGCCGAAGACCGACGACAAGUCGCAGACGCUGCUGGAACUGGAGCUGGACGCCGACCUGGUGUUCCGUCAGAAAUACGACAAAAAGCACCACGACCUCAAGUACAAGAACACCGUCGACGUGCUCAAAAAGAUCUACCAGAAGAAGGGGAUCUUGGGGUGGUACCACGGGCUUUUGACCACGAUCUUCGGGUCGGCAGUGCAAAACUUCGCCUACUUCUACUGGUACACCAUUGUUCGGAGAGUCUACCACAACUUAUACAAGACCGCCGCCCCGCUGACAAUUACCGAGUUGGGCUUAGGGGCGCUUGCGGCGGCGAUUUCCCAGCUCUUCACCAUGCCCAUUGGCGUGGUGACCACCGCUCAACAGACGUCCAAGGAACACAAGAGCGUGUGGCAAAUCGCCCGUGAAAUCGUCGAAAACGACGGCAUCACUGGGUUGUGGCGCGGGUUGAAGGUGUCGUUGGUGUUGUGCAUCAACCCCAGUAUCACCUACGGGUCGUACGAACGGCUCAAGCAGGUGUUGUUCCCCGGGCGCCUGAUCAUCAAGCCCCAGGAGGCGUUCUUUUUGGGGAUGUGCGCUAAGUCGUUGGCGACGUUGGCCACCCAGCCGCUUAUCGUGCUGAAGGCGAUGUUGCAGAAGAAGCGUGACGUGAAGAAGGUGGGCAACAAGGUGAUCAAGGGCACCGACGACACCUACUUCGAAACUUUCCCGCAAGCCCUUCAACACUUGUGGGCCACCGAACGGGUUAAGGGGUUGUACAAGGGUGUUGCCCCUCAAUUGGUGAAGGGGGUGUUCGUUCAAGGGUUGUUAUUUAUGUUCAAGGACCAGAUUGACAUGUUGUUUAUGUUCUUGCUCCAGGCGCUCAAGGGCAAGAAGUAA